CAGGAAUUUUCAAACCUCUAUAUAUAAUGCAAAUUUUUUUUUUUGAUUAUAUGCUAAUAAAAACAAGUCAGAUUAUACAUCAUGAUCAUCAUCUCCAAUCCAAUUAUAACAUAAUUGCUACUAAUGAGGAACUAGCGUUAUUUUCAUUACACAAAGUUUACACAAAAAAUUUGAAUUCUAUUCAACCUGCAAAUACAAACUCCCAAACUCCUAUUUUUUGUAACAGAAAUAUUUUGUAAACAUUAAUAUUUUUAAAAACCAAAUCAAUUUCUCAAGUUAAAAAAAAGUACAAACAGACAAAGGCUAGGCUGAAGCUUUUGCAAUUAAAAAUAUAUGACAUUUGUUACACGUUGCAACAACAUAUUAUUGUAACGCGUGAUCUAAUUAUAUGUUAUUAAUAACUUUUUUAUUUUUUAUUUUUUUAUU